GCUAGCAGCAGCUGCACUGGAAGAAAACAGAGCAAGAAAAAGUGUAGAAAACCUUAAUUUAAGACACUGAGAAUUAUGGAUUUUACCGAAGCGAACUAAAACAAGAGUUGAGCUUGUUUUAUGUCACUGUUUUGAUAUGUUGCUUUUUAUAUAACGGCCUUUUUUUGGACGUCGACCAAUGAAUGUCCCUUUGUGAAGUAGCAUUGAGCACCAGUCAUUUGUUGAACUUGGCUCUGUGCUGAAGAUGAAUGCUCUGGUUGCUCUCUGUCACUUCUGUGAGCUCCAUGGCCCUCGCACCUUGUUUUGCACUGAGGCACUACACCCUCCAUCCCCGUCCCCCUCAUCCCAGGCAGGUGCCCCUGUGCCUGGAGACAGGGACCGAGAUGGUGACCGGGAAGGUGAAGGGCUGACCAUGAGGGCCAACAGCUCGGCCUCACAGAGAGGAGAAAUGUGUGAGGGAUGUCGAUCUCUUCCUGCAUCUCACCCAGGCUUUGUGAGCAUCGAUGAUGAAACAGGCAUACGCUUCCUGAGCCACCAGCAUCCCAGACAGCCACAGCUAUUCAGCGUGGUCCGCCAGGCUUGCGUGCGCAGCCUCAGCUGUGAGGUAAACAGUGACGUGUGUCCCGGUCGUGAAGGGCCUAUUUUCUUUGGAGAUGAGCAGCACGGUUUUGUGUUCUCACACACCUUCUUUAUCAAAGACAGCCUGGCCAGAGGUUUCCAGCGCUGGUACAGUAUUGUCAUGGUAGCAAUGGACAGGAUCUACCUUAUCAACUCCUGGCCUUUCCUGUUACGCCACCUUAGACUCACGAUACAGAGCCUGCAAAGCACAGCCCUCAAGGUGUUUGACAGUGAACAAGGAGUUUGUCCCCAGCGAGCAGCGAGGAUGAACAGUGUCUUCUCACCUGCAGUUUUCCCACAUCAAAGGAGUGGCAACGCAGCCCGAUCACUGACCUCUCUUACCCAGCAUCCCAACCUCUGGGCCAGCCUGCACUCCUCCUUUAGCUGGCUGCUGAAAGCUUGUGGUAGCCGACUGACAGAGAAACUGCUGGAGGGAGCCCCCACUGAGGACACGCUGGUGCUCAUAGAGAGACAGACAGAGCAAGAGGAGGAAAUGAGCUGCUGGGAGGGAGCAGAAGGAGGCGGCUCUACUUCACAGCGGCACCAAUCAGAGAGCGAGCUGGGCCCUGACUUCCUGUGUGAUGAUGACGCAAAAUUAAAUGACUUACCCGGUCCAAAAUUUAGGUCCCUGAGGCAUUUGAGACAGGUCCUCGGGGCUGCUGAGUUUCGUCAGCUAGUGUGGCACGUGCUCAUGGGAAAUCAGGUCAUAUGGAGAGGCGCAGACCCCGGGCUCAUCCAGUCAGCUUUUACAGUGCUCAAGUCUCUGCUCCCAGUAGGCUGUGUGCGUUCUGUGCCAUACAGCGCUCAGUAUGAGGAGGCCUACAAGUGCAACUUCCUGGGUCUCAGCCCAGAUGUGCCGAUUCCAAUGCACGUCAGCUCCUCAGAGUUUUCAGUGUUGGUGGACGUCAGUUCAGAGAGGAGCUGUCAGAGUGCGGCAGUGGGUGAAGACGAUAUCUCCUCACUUUAUCAGUUCACCAUCAGCAGUGCCAACACACAGCCCACAGACAGGGGUCCCACGUUAUUGAACAAGCUGGAAGUGGCUCUGUCUAAUGAGAACUUGUCUGUGGACGUUGUGUCUCACUGCCUGCUGUGUCUGAAGGAAGAGUGGAUGAAUAAAGUCAAAGUGCUCUUCAAGUUCUCAAAAGUGGACGGCAGAGGGAGGGAGGACACCCAGAAGGUUCUGGCCCUCCUUGGCGCCACAGGGCCGGGUGAGGAGGACAACGUCAGGCUGCUAAAGUUCUGGAUGACUGGACUCAGCAAAACCUACAAGAGUCAUUUAAUGACAGCCGUCCGAGGAGGGGAGAGGAGCCCCAGCCAGUGACAAAGAGGAGGAGAAGGAGGAGGAGGAGGUAGAGGGGGUGAAGUAAAUGGAGCUGAAAAGAGGGGAUAAUACUACUGAAGGGAAAGUGAAAGCAAGAAUUCUUUCAUUAUGAGUUUUGUGAACACUUUGGGACUUUUAGUGGAAUGAAAGAGGAAUGUCAAUAGAUGACAGAAAUGCUUUGGCUCAUCCAUUAUUGUCUUUUUAAGUAAUGAGAAAUGUACUGUUCCUAACCCUGAUUAUUAUCCAGCACAGAUUAACACAUACGGUCAGUUUGGAUAAUGCAUGAGGGCUUUUGUUUGUCAAAGGGAAUUAUGGUUCAUAGUGAUAUGUGAAGUUUAACUUAUUACAAACAGACUUUGCACUUUGUUUACUCAUUUUCUGAUGUUUUAAAAUGAAAGAAAUAAUAUAAUCGCUUACUCUGACUUUUUUUAAUUCCACAAUUGGCUCCAUCUUGUGGCGAACAGGAAGAAUAAAGAGGGAGUGAACUGGAGGAGGAGAACAGUGUUCCUCUGCCAGCUCCCACUCACUUGUUCGAGUGGCUGCUGGCCAGCAAGCCUCAAGUGGUGUAAGACAACACUUUUAAGGUUUUCUGGUGUCUUGAAAUGUACAAAGUGGUUGCAUAACACAGCCCCGCUCCAGUACAGCCAACCACAUCAGCAGGAUUUUAGCUUGUUAAUGAGCCAGUCACACAGCAAUCCACUAAAAAGCCAAGGGUUUUUUUUAUUUUCAUACCACAGUUACUUGAGCCUGUUGCGUUCCUGAAGCUUGCAGAGUUUAGUCAAUAAAAUUCAACAACAUACGGCUUUGUUUAAAUUGCUGGGGGGCUGCUUUUUCUUUUCUUAACCCGCACCCAUGUAACAAUUGUGUAAUUCAAACUCGUGCUUUAGUCCAAAUUAAAAGGAAAAGUGAAUUUGUAAAUAUUAGGAUUGACUCUAGCUUUCUUCGUAAAACAGAUCUUCUUCUCAGCAUGGACGCAUGCUACUGUGUCCUGAUAGAGUUUUACUGUUUUGUUUUUUUUGUUUGUUUUGCUUCUCUCUGAAAGCUCAAAUCUGGAUUUCAUUUUGCAAGUUUCACUGAAAGAAGCACAAACAUAAUUUGCAGCAGCUCCGCAAAUUAGUUACAUAUUGACUUUCCUCAAUAUGCAAGCGACGUAUCAAACAGGAAGACGGCACACUGGCUGGAUAUUUAUACCCGUCAUUAAACCACAAAGUGUAUGUGAAGAGGUUUGGAGUUGAUGGUGCCUCUGGGAGUGUUAAUGCUUUGCCUGUGGUGACGCUGCUGCUCUCUUGUUUCCUCUUCCCCUCAGCAGAGAAGGGACUUUGGGAAACAGUCUUGCUUCUUUUGGCUUGUUUUCAGAAGAAGGACACAGAAGAAUGAUUUCUCUUUAACAUGAAGAAACAACUUUGCACUUCCUCCCUUUCGUUAGUAAUUGAGUCCUCUUGUGACAUCUAACAGAGAACAAAAAUAUCAUGACGCCUCACACAACCUGAGGGGACAGAACAACACUUUACAGACGGGAUGAUGACAGCUGUGCACAAUAUUAGACAUCACGGUCACACCAGCCGCCUCUGUGGAACUGAUUUGAGGAGAAAUGACUGCAGAAAGCUGUCACACAUGGAAUGACUUGCAAGUUCUGGCGAUGUAGUGUUGCAAUCCUGUUUAUAAAGGAAUGUGAUUCUUGAUUUAUUUUAGAAAAAAAAAACAGAUCAUGUGAUGAUUAAACAGGAUGAUAUUGCGCACUGGCU